GUUUCCUCCUUCCUACAACCUCCUUUCUUUCAGCUUCGACUCCAAACCUCACCUUCGGUUCCGAACCUCAAUUUUGACCCUCCGGUAGUUGAAAAUUUUACACUAUAUUGAUCACUUUAUCACUCUCUCUCGAAAAAAAAAAACCAAAAUAGUUCUCUCCAUUUAAAAGUUUCAUUCGGAUUCAAACCCUAAAAAAUUUUGAUGUUCUUCAAGGAUCGAUUAUUCGAACUCCAUUUUAAAGGCUUGUUCGCUUAACUGGCCUGUUUGGUUGCCAAGAAAAUGGAGGAUGCGGGGCAUUUUUUACCGAGGAAUUACAAAUUUUAAUUUCAGGAGAAGUUGUAGCAGUUCUUUUUUUUUUGCUCUUUAAAAGUAUUUGGUUUGGCUGCUUCUUAAGCUUAUCUUUUAGCAUUUGGAGUCCAUUGAGCUUUACAUGGUAGCUUUUGAUGCUUGUUUUUCUUAAUGGAGGAUAUGGUUGAGUUUCAAAACGUGGCAACUGGGGUGAAUUUUAAAUGUGUGGAAGAGGUAGUAAUUUUGUUCUCACAAAAUUUUAGCUGCUGAGUAUUUUCGGCUUGUAUUAUCUAUGCCUGGCAACGAAGUUGGUGACAGUAUCCAUAAUUUCCUUGGCCAAGAGAGCUUGUCCCUGGGCCAGCAUCACUCACAGCUCAUUGACAGUACCUGGCCUGGCUUAAGUAACAAUCUGUGGGUCGAAAGCCAGAGACAAGUUGGACCCCUUGUUUCUAGUGUGAAGAAUUUGAGUGUACAUCAGUUAGCUGAGUUUGACAGGGGGCAUACUGGUCAGACUUCAAGCCUGCAGCAUGGGCUGAACUUCACACAAUCUGGUAUGAGGUCUGAAAUUGCCAGAAAUCACUCGCAAAAUCAAUCAUCAAUUGCAACUGGCUAUAUGCAAGUGCAUCAGGGUUUCCAGGCAAGGCAGAAUAAUACAAACUUUUUGGGAGUGGAUACAGCAUCUAGAUGCUUGCCAGUUCUUGAUUCACUUAUAGAAAGUGGCCCUGAUCUUCAUGAGAAAAAUUCAUUGAGGUUGGAAUCUACUGCAUCUCCCGUUAAUUACGACUUUCUUGGUGGGCAACCGCACGUAAAUGGACAGCAUCCUGGCAUGAUCCAGCCUUUACCGAGGCAGCAAUCAGGGAUGACUGGCACACAACUGCUACAGCAACAUUCUAUUCUUAAGCAAAUGCAGGAAUUUCAGAGGCAACAAUUUCCAAAUCCUCAGCAGCUACAAGAAGCAAGGCAGUUGAGCUCUAUGAAUCAGGUUUCAUCUUUUGUAAAACAAGGAUCAGGCAGCCUUUCUCCAGCUACAAUCAAUGGUGUUCCUGUCCAUGAUGCUUCAAAUUAUUCUUUACAACCUGAGCUUAUGACAUCAAAUGCAAAUUGGCUGCAGCAUGAUGCCUUUUCAGCUCUGCAGGGAUCAUCUGGUGGAUUUAUGUUUUCCCCUGUGCAAAGCCAGGUGCGUUUGAUGGGUUUGGAUCCUCAGCAGGAUAAUCAAUCAUUUAAUGGGGUCUUUAACGGCAGUGCAAGAGGAAAUCAAUAUCAAUAUUUGUCUGUCCAAAUGGAUAAGCCUUUAUUACAGCAGGUGCCAGCUAGCAGUAAUUCCUUUCCAGGUAAUCAGCAUGCUAUGUUUUCAGACGAAGUUGGGUUGCAAGAUGGAACUUUGCUUUCUAGACAGGUUGAUCUGGGUAAAAAUUUAUUUGGUGCUGCAGCUGUUCAAGAUUUAAAUAGUGUAUUUCAUUCAGAAAACUUGCAGCAAAUGACUAUCCAGCCAAAAAGUGCAUUGAUGGAAUCUCAUGGGAGGCAAGAAGAACAUCUUGGUCCAUCAGAAACAUCCCUGGAAAAGUCAGCAAUUCAGGCUGUGCACUCUCAGAAUGUCGCUUCACUAGAUCCAACUGAAGAAAAGAUUUUGUUUGGUUCAGAUGACAGUGUGUGGGAUAUCUUUGGAAAGAGCACCAACACGAGCGCAGUGUUGGAUGGUACAGAUUCUUUUGGGGCAUUUCCUUCUCUGCAAAGUGGAAGUUGGAGUGCUCUUAUGCAGUCUGCUGUAGCAGAAACAUCCAGCAAUGAUAUAGGGGUACAGGAAGAGUGGAGUGGUUUAGCUUUGCAGACUAGCGAACCUCCUAGCGGAAACAUGCCAUCAUUAAUUUCCAAUGAUGGCAGCCAACAGCAAUUGCCUGGAGUUGAUAACAACUUGCAGAAUGCCUCAACAGUGAACUUUAAACCUUUUUCCAUGUCUAUGGAUGCCAAUAUCAAUCGUGAUUUUGGUAGUACUCUUGGGGUUCAGCAAUCAGGCGUCCAGACUGCAAAUGAACAGACUGGGAGAAUGCAUAAUGAUUCUUGUCAGAGGUUUGUUCAACAGUUAACAGAAGAAAGAAGCAAAUGGUUAGAUCGCAGUCCUCUUGAAAAGCCUGUAGCUGAAAGUGCCUCACUCUUUGGAAAUGUUGCACACUCUCCUGAUGUGCAAGCAAGUGCAAAGAGCAUUUCAGGCCAUCAAGGCAUGGCCUUAUUUAAUCCUCAUGGUCAGCCUCACAAUAAGCCAAAUGAUUGGAACUUCAUUGAGUCUGCAUCACGUAGUGGUGGGGCUGUAUCAAAUAGUCAGGAUAUUGAAAGCUCAUCUCAACCUUCUCAGAGUAGUGAUCACAAGGGUGGCUUGUAUGAGGAGAGAGGCCUUGGUUCUGAUCUUGAUCAUCCUCUUUCUGAUGUUAAUAUUGGACCAGGGAAUGUGGAUUCUGGCUUGGGAAGCCCACAAGUGAAUGAAGGUUCUGGUCUGGGUAAUGUUGCUGCAGUAACAGAUUCAAGAACAAGAAGGGUCACCAAGGAAAGCAGUCAGCAACUUCCAAAUGGGCAUAAUCUUAAUCUCUGGAAAAAUAUUGAUUCUAAAGUAAACUCUGGACCAAGCAGGACACCGGCAAAUUAUCAGCAAAAUCUUGAUAAGAGCCCUCUAUCUUUUGAUUCAUCACGAAAUAAUUGCUUGGAGAAAGGAUUGUCUGAAGCAAAUAUGUUGGAGAACUCUAAUGUCAAAGAAACUUCAAAUGACAGUUUUCACUCGAACUUAUCCCAACAUACCUCCACUGGUGGCAUUAUAGGCAAUGGCUGGUUGGAUGCAAAUGAUCCACUGGCAGGAGAACAGAAGUCAUCUGUUCAUGUUAGUUGUAAACCUUCUGGAGCCUACAAAUUUCAGUAUCAUCCUAUGGGGGAUCUGGAUGCGGAGGUUGAACCUUCUUAUGGAACUAACAAUCUCACACAUAUGCAAGCAAUAGCCCAACAUGUUUCUCAAGGAUUCAAAGGUCAUGACCAAGGAUAUUUUGUGCAGUCAAAUUAUACUGUACAUGCUGCUGGCAAAUCUACAGAAACUGAGAAGGGUUGUAUUCCUGGCAUUCAAGUAGAAGAGAUGCCUUCAACUCCUGGUUCUGCACCUGACAGAUCUUUUAAUUUCAUCCCAAACAAGACAGCUUCAAUUAGUCAAAAUAUGCUGGAGCUUCUUCAAAAGGUUGAUCAACCUAGGGAACCUGGUACUGCAACGCACUUAAGCUCUUCUGAACGCAAUCAAUCAUCUGAAAUGCCAGAUGCAGAAACUUCUGAUGGGUCAGUAGGCCAGUUUCAGCACAAUAGGCCCUCUGCUUCUCAAGGUUUUGGGUUACAGCUAGGUCCCCCAUCUCAAAGGUUCACCAUUCCAGACUGGUCAAUUUCAUCUCAAAGUUCUCCACAAAGAGUUAAUUCUCUAAAUUCAGUUCACAUCUCUUCUGAGGCAAGAAUUAAGGGUCAUACCUUAGUUGGUCCAACAGCUUCUGUUCAGUCACCUCAUGGAGAAUCCAAUGGAGAUAGCAGGAAUAAUAUUGCACGAGUCUCUGGUCAUACCAACUACAAAGCCUCAGAACAUAAUAUUGUGGGCAAUGUUUCUGCAGGUUUUACGUCUGAUUAUCCUUAUUUAGGAUGUCAUCUUCAAUGCCAGCAUGUUGUUGAUGUGGGUAAUCAGGUAAUACCAAAUAAAUUUGUUAAUGCAGAUUUUAGUGGGUUGACAUGUCAGUCAAAGCGGAUUGAUGACUCUUAUGAGAGAGCUCAAAUUAGUCAAUUGGGAAGGAUAUCAGCACCUCGCAUGCCAAAAAGUGCUACGGAUGACCUUUCUUCUUCAGAGACUUCCUGGCCAAGUUAUGGCACCCAAAACAAUGCAAGGGUUACAGACCAGCAGUUUCCAGUGUUGGAGGCUAUGCCAGCUUCCCAACCUUCAGGAGGUGCUUUUACCAAAAUGCCUAAUGUAUGGACCAGUGUUUCAGCUGCUCAACAUCUAUUAGGAGCUCAGUCUUCUUGGGCCUCACAGAAUUUGUUGAAGCACCAGCAACAGUCAAAUGGUAACUCAGAAACAACUCUUCCUGGGGAAAAGAAGCUAGAUGAUCAAAUUGCCUGGGUAGGAGGGAAUGGUGCAACUGAGUUCCCUGCAGGAUCUGCUAAACCACAGAACUCUGGUAGAGAAGAGCAACCAGCAAAAGGCCAGCAGUUAUUGCCAGAGGCUGAUGCCAGCCAAAAUCCUGCAAGUAUGCAGAGAGACAUUGAAGCUUUUGGCCGUUCUUUAAGACCAAAUAAUACUGUACAUCAGAACUAUUUGUUGUUGCAUCAGGUGCAGGCCAUGAAAAAUAUAGAGAUUGAUCCAAGUAAUAGGAGUGUCAAAAGAUUUAAAGGUCCAACUCCGGAUUCUGCUUUGGAUGCUCAACAGAAAUCUCAAGGUGCAGAUCUGUUACCUUAUGGAUCCAAUAAUAUGAUGAGAGAUGCGUUAAUGAGUUCUUCUAUAGUUCCUUCUGGAGAUUCUAAGAUGCUAAACAUGUCGUCGGGCGCUGGAGAAUACACUGAGAGACAGUCAUCUGCUAAUGAUACACUGGCAUUUGUUCAGAAUGAUUCUCUGAAUUUCAACAAUGCUAAUAAUUCAGCUGGUUCUGAUUGGAGAGAACACCCUCAGAUCAGACCCCAGAUGGCUCCAUCCUGGUUUGAUGAGUACGGGGCAUUUAAAAAGGGGCAAAUGUUGCCUAUUUAUGAUGCUCAGAAAAUUGCCACAAUGAAGGCUGCAGACAAAGGAUUUAUCGUUGGUAGGCCUUCUGAUAAUUUGCAUGCUCUUGAUUCUAGUGAGCAGGUUAAUGCUGCUGAUGCUAGUCAGCUGGAUGGUACCCGGCAAAACUCAAACCUCAUGCCAAUAGCAAUUGGACAUAUCUCCCGUCAGUUGCUUCCUCCCGGUAUUCCAAAUCAGAACUUGAUUGUUAUGAGAGCAAAAAAGCGUAAAAGUAUGACAUUUGAGCUUGUUUCAUGGCAUAGAGAAGUGACACAAGGUCGUUCAAGACCUCAGGACAUCAGUGCGGCUGAAGCGGGAUGGGCACAUGCAGCAAAUCGAUUGAUUGAGGCUGAAAACGAACCUGAAAUGAUUGAAGAUUGGCCGCCUGUGCUUAGAUCAAAAAGAAGGCUUAUCUUGACAACACAGCUUAUGCAGCAACUACAUUGUGCUCCUUCAAGAGCAGUUCUUUCUGCAGAUGCUAUCAAAAACUAUGAGACCGUGGUCUAUUUUGUUGCCAGAUUAGGCUUAGGAGAAGCAUGCAGCUCAGCAUAUAUAUGUGAAAGUGAUACAGCUGUUCCUUCUGAGAGUGGUAGCACCCUCCCUGAAAAGCUUAAGAAGAGAAAGCAGUCCAUCUUAAAGGCUGCAGAACAGUUUGUCAUCACUGCAAAGAAGCUGGAAAAUGAUUUACAGAGUCUGGACAAGAGAUCCUCAAUCUUGGACUUAAGAUUGGAAUGCCAGGAUCUAGAGAAGAUCUCACUCAUCAAUCGUUUUGCCAAGUUCUAUGGGCGGGGACAAGCUGACAGGGCUGAGACCUCAUCGACCUCUGAAGCAAUUGCUAGCCCUCCCAAAUUUUUCAUCCAGAGAUAUGUUUCUGCAGUACCGAUGCCUAGGAAUGUUCCUGAUAAGGUACAAUGUCUUCCACUUUGAUGAUUAGCUAAUUGGUUUUUUCCGGUUCAAGAGUUGACUGGAUACUGGCUGACUUAUAGGUGAAAUCUUCUGAAGAUUUCUUAGCUGUAAAUACUAUAUAAUUGUUGUAAAUAUAGAUUGGCAGCUGUAGAUUAUUUUUCCUUAUCUAUGUUCUUUAUAGUCUACAAAUAGGAUAUAUAUGAUACUAAUAGACUUUGUGUGGCAAUACAAGUCAAAAACCUUUUUGCA